GAGUCUCGAUAGUUCGAUACUUGUACCUAUUCCGGCUCCACACCAAGUUGGACAACUCUGCCAAAGUGCCCGAGGUAAUCCGCACGUCCUCAUAAGAAUCAAUUCUCGUCGUCGAUAAGGAAGUGAGAAGGGGUCGAGCCGAAGGACGGACGGGAGUCGACCCACGACGAAACCACCUUCCGCCGGAGAUCGUAUUAUGCUGGGAGCUUCUACGUGACCGUCGAUCGCACGGCUAGCAGCGACGGCCGGGGAUUCGCAAGCCGGCGGACGAGGACGAAUGCCGUUUGAAGAGCCGAGGAAGAUGAACCCGUGCAUCGUCCCAUGCGCGCCUCAGGACGGCGAAGACGGCCGUUGGUUGAGCCAGCAUAACCAACAUUUGACUGAAACCAAGGGUAGAGAACCAGAUGUGGUUAUGAUUGGCGAUUCGAUAAUUCAUCAUCUUCAACUGAGACCUGUGUGGAGCGACAUGUUCGAACAGUUUCAUUGUCUGAACUUUGGCAUUUCCGGAGAUAAGACGCAAAACGUUUUAUGGAGAAUUCAACAUGGAGAGCUGGAUAAUAUAACACCAAAGGCUGUGGUAAUCCAUGUUGGAACGAACAAUAUAGAUGAUACUGCACAAGAUGUCGUUGAUGGGAUAAUGGAAGUGGCUUUUUCUGUUAGAACCAGGUUACCUGAAGCAUACCUUAUUAUACUGGAACUGCUGCCCAGAGGACAAUACCCGAAUAAACUCCGCGAAAAAAACAAACAAGUGAACCAGUUGUUACGUCAGAAGGUGCAGGGCCUCCCAAGGAUCGAAGCGCUUUCUGUAGAAAACGGACUCGUACAAUCCGACGGCACCAUAUCCCAUUUGGACAUGCCCGAUUAUCUUCAUCUAAGUGAUUUGGCAUACCGAAAAGCCUUUGAACCUCUUCACGAUCUCCUUUCCCAAAUAUUAUAUGAGGAUGAAAAGGAAAAAGAGUUGUCUUUUUCAGAAUAGCUCCGUAGGAUGUUUGUUUGACUCAUUAUAUGCUGCCUGAAAAUAAAUCUGUGAUAAAAAAAAAAUAAAUAAGAAAUGCUUCAACAAUAUAUUUUCACACUAAGUUUAAGGUUUAAUGAAACUAUUGUAUGUAAUUAUUACUGCAUGGUUUUAAUCAAGAGCUUUAGUUUCUUUUUCUUAAUUAAAACGGCAUAACAUUGCUAUAUUAUUGUUAAUUCCAUGUUCUUUUUAUCUUAUAAAACUCAAUUUUUCCCCCCCUACAGUUUAUAAUUAAAACGCCUUUUAAAUUUGAAAGAUCAAUGUACGCAGUACUAAAACCUCUUAAAAUAGUAUAUUAUUUAUUUGCAUAUAUAUACAUUCUACAUUACACAAGUUAUAUUAUUGGAAGAUAUAAUUUCAAUUCUGACCGUUAAAAUCGAUGUUUUUUUAAUUUCUCAGUUCCUCCUUUAUUAAUAGGAAUAUUCAGAACAUUCCAACAGUAUGUGAUACAAUUCCAUAUUGUGUGACCUGUCUGCACUGAUUAAUGUUAAUUUAAUUUUAAGAAUUUUUUGAAACUUUUAAACUGAACUUUUUACAUCUAGCUUCUAUCGUUGUUUCUUAAACAUUGAAAAUACAGCAAGCCACUUGUUUUUA